AACUUAGCAAAAAGAAUAGCAUGUGAAACAAUGUAGCAACUAAGUCGAUUCAAGUCUCACAAUAACUUAAUAACUGGCAAAAUUCAAUGUAGUGUUGCAAAAUACAUUCGCCGGCUCUGAUAGAGUGAGACGAAGCUAUACUCGUAGCCAGCAGCUGUCAAAAUAGAUGCAGCUGCCUGCAAACAAACGCCGCAAUUUCUGUCACUUCGAGCGCUCUUUUGCAAGGUUAACGCGAAUUUUUCGAGCUUACAAAAAAAGAGAAUAUUAAAAUAAGAAAAAGUACAGUUUUAACUAAAAAUUGAAUUAUUAAAAUAAUAAUAAGCAAAUAUGUCAGUCCCAACCAUAUCGAACUUCAAUUUCGCCAAUAUGGCAGCACAGCUCAACGAGGAGCAGGGUAUUUCCUUCGAAAACAAAGCAGAAACCUGGAAUAAUGCUGAAGAUGUCAAAGCCGUUGUUGAAGCACUCAACAGCCAAUCCAUAGUGCAUUAUCUUAAUCUCGAUGGCAAUACACUAGGCGUGGAGGCCGCUCAAGCUAUUAGCGAAGCGCUCCGUAAGCAUCCGGAAUUUCGCAAAGCCCUAUGGAAAAAUCUUUUUACGCGACGUCUCGUCUCGGAGAUCCCGUUGGCUUUGGAACAUUUGGGCGCUGGUUUAAUUGCAGCUGGUGCCAAGCUCACAGUGCUCGAUCUCAGCGAUAAUGCACUCGGUCCAAAUGGAAUGACCGGAUUGGAGGAGUUCCUACGAUCGCCCGUCUGCUACUCGCUGCAGGAGUUGUACCUCAAUAACUGUGGCCUUGGUCCUGAGGGCGGACGCAUGUUGUCUGUUGCCCUCAUCGAUCUCCAUAAAAACGCCAAGGAAGCAGGUACGCCGCUGCAAUUACGGACCUUUGUGGCUGGACGCAAUCGCUUGGAGAAUGCCGGAGCCAAGGCUUUGUCAAAAACAUUCAAAGUACUGCAAACGCUGGAAGAGAUUACCAUACCGCAGAAUUCCAUUUAUCAUGUGGGCGUCGCGGCACUUGCGAAUAGUUUUAAACAGAAUCCGCACUUGCGUGUGAUAAAUAUGAAUGACAAUACGUUGGGCGUCCGUGGAGCUGCUAAGAUAGCGGAAGUCUUUGAGCACACCCCAUUAUUGCGUGAAAUUGACUUUGGCGACUGUUUGCUAAAGACCGAUGGCGCUUAUCAUUUCGCCGAGGCUCUGGAACAGAAUCACGAACAAUUGGAGCUGCUGGAUCUUAGCAACAAUGAUAUCAACUUUGAUGGAGGCCUGGUGCUGGUGACGGCCGUGCAGCAUAAGCCCAAGCUGCGUAUAUUUAAUCUGGAUGGCAAUUGCUUUGGUCAAAGUGGGAGUUCACAAAUCGUUGCAGAAAUGGCAAAAUGCAAAAAUCCUGCAGCUCUGCAGUCUUUGGAUGAAGUGCUCUCCGAAGAGGAGGGCGAGGAGAAUAACGGUGAUAAUGAUGACAAUGCGACACCCGAUAACAGCGACGAUGAUGAAGAAUCUGAUGAACACGCAGAUGAUGAUGAUGAACAAGACGAUGAUGGUGAUUAUGAUCCAAAUGACACCACAGAAGAGGUAGACGAAGAUGACGACGAAGCCUACGUAACCAGCAAUGCUUACACCACUAAGCUUUUCAACGACAGCAUGACCUCUAACAAAACCAGCAACAAUUUUGAUAUGACAAUAAAGAAUGGCAACAAAACGCUCAGCACCAUCGCCUGCACUCCGGAGAUAUUUUGCCUUAGUCAAACGCCUUGUACGCUGCAACAAUUUGACUCGCUGGAGGCGAAUAAUAAGCUUGAUGCCUUCCAUAACAUAAUCAAUUUAUUCGAUGAGGAUAAUCACUUGCUGCUGCUAAUCUUUACGUCGCUAAAGUGCGGACAUCUUGCUCAAACAUCGCCGGCUGCUUUGGAGCUGGCUAUAUCACUAUAUCAGGCUACCUUUGACUAUGCCAUCAGAACAGAGCAGGAAACGCGAGUCCUGGAGUAUUAUUUGAUACAGUUGGGUCUAUUGCGCAGCGAAGAACGCUUCAAGAGCGAAUACAAUAUGAAGGGCUGUCGUUAUGCUCUACGCGAGGCAAUCAAGAAGAAAAACUUUGCCAACGACAAUAUAAAGAAUACAUUUAACACAUUUCUCGAUCAACUCGAUGAUUAGCGAGUACCACUAGAAUAAGUUUUAACAAAAUUUCUUUCCUAGCAAGCAAAAACUGUAACCAUUCUAAUAAAU